AUGCCCAGCACGGGGGGCCAGGUGGCGCCGCUGUCGGCCAUCGGUCCCCAGGAGGACCAGGCGGGCCAGACGGUCAAGGACCAGUACAAGCUGGUUGUGCUGGGCGGAGCACGCGUCGGCAAGACGGCCAUCGUGCACCAGUUUCUGUACGACGAGUUCCCCGUGGACUACUUCGCCACCGUCGAGGAGUUCCACACGGGCGAGUACGAGUUGAACGGGGCCUCGCUGACGCUGGACAUCGUGGACACGAGCGGGAGCUACCCUUUUCCCGCCAUGCGGAGGCUGGCCAUCUCGACGGCCGACGCCUUCGUGCUCGUGUACGCCAUCGACGACUCGGACUCGUUCGAGGAGGCGAGGUGCAUCCACGACCAGAUCGUCGAGCUCCGCUCCGCCCAGGCUCCGGUUGUCGUGGUCGGCAACAAGUGUGACCUUUCGGCCAGGAGACGGGUUCGUCGUGAAGUUGCCGAAACCAUGAUCUCCAUAGACUGGGAGCAUGGCUUCGUGGAGGCGUCUGCCAAGGACAACGUGAACAUCUUGUCUAUAUUCAAGGAGCUCUUGGUGCAAGCCAAGAUCCCUUACGAACUGAACACGGCCGCAGUGAACAAGAGGAGGCGUUCCUUGCCCGUCUACCCAACCAGUCCUAGCAUCAAGGACAAGACACUGCUCAAGAGAAACAGUUGCGCCGUGUCCUAGGCCUCGGCUCCGCCCUGAAAGCCAAGGCCAAGUAUUCGUUCGAGAGCUUCGUCUUGCUGGCAACUCAGGGUGCUGCUCAUUCGCCGUAGCAUCAACAAGGACUACAAGAAGAGCUUCGAAACUGUGGACUCUAGGCGCGGGUCCACUGCGUUCGUACCCGCAAUACGCCUGCUACCGAAGCUACAAGAGACAGAUUAUUCAACAGAUGGGUUCGUGGUGUGCUGCACGUCACCUACAUACAGUCUUCAAGGUUAGGCUUCAUCAAUGACUUGUCACACCAUAAAAAUCACUCCGAUGCGGAAAAUCUGCCUCUUUUGUCAUCUUAGUUUCUACCGUAACUUUGAAACGAAGGUUCUUUGAUGGAGUCAUCGGAGAGAGCUUGGCGUCCGCAACAAUUCCCCGAGAGUGAGAGAUACAACUCGCACCAGGAAUUCGACAUGCACCAAGAAGACGUGAUCAGACUUUCCGUAUGCUUGCCAAGUAGACACUAAAUUCUCAAGUGAUCCGAUCUCUGAUGGAGUGGUCCAAAAUAUAUUCGAGCUACCGUGACCGGCGACCUUAGGGCCAACCUUCAUCAGUGCCCAAAAUCAGGCUCCAACGCCAUCUGGUCGUGAAGAGGGAAAACAGGAAGUCCCGAAGCCAUCACCCUGCCAAGGUUUCCACAAUGCUCUCACAAAUGUGCCUCUUGCAUGGCAUCGCUAGAUACGGUGUGUAUGAAUCCAUGCUGUGUGCUACUUCAUGCGUGCUUCCGUGGAACUUUGCGUCCGGCAGAGCGACUGCACGACCGAUCGCAGGUUGGUCCGUCCAAGAGCGGCCCAAGUCUCAAUGUCUCCCCGGUGUGCAAGGCGAAUGUUCCCGCGACGGCUUCCAAUCUGUCAUCUACCUAUGUCCGUCUCAACGAAUACUACAACGAUCUUGCGCAGAGCGGACUCCGUGGACUCGGUGAAUAACAAAUCUUGACUGAUGUGCCAAGGUGACAUCGCCUACACCGCUCGAUUUAGAGCAUUAAUCUUUAGCGUCACCGGUGUGGGGCUUGGGCACUCCAAAAAAAUCCGUUGGAAAAAGCUUUUUGGUGCUUUAUAUUUCGAGUCUCCUUACAAAUCAAACAUAGAGACUCCUUUGUUAUUCCGGACAGGUCUUUCUAGGUUUCACAGAAGAACAUUUUCGAGCCUAUUGAAUCUGCAUCUCCCGCAUGACUACGUUAAUUUAUUUCCACAAUAAAACCAAUGUGUCGUAAGACUUUAUACACUCCAAAA